UUAUUGUGGUUUGUCGCAUUAUCCCCCAGCUAAUACAAUCGUAGGAAGUGUAGAAGAACUGCAAGGUGGAUACGAUGAAGUUGCAAGAUAUGUUGAUCUGAAGAACAACAUGCAGCGUCGUCGUGUGUUUCUCUCUCUCUCUCUCUCUCUCUCUGUCGUCGAUCUGUCCCUCACUGCAUUUCCAGCUGUGAAAUCUCAAAGCGACGCAACUCACACUCCCAGACUCUAUCUCCGCCUUCCUUGUACCCUCAUAUUGAUGCUCAUCGGUCGCGUAUACUCAACUAGAUCCCCCCUUUUCCGUCAUAUAUAGAGACACACAGGUUCAUAUAUGGCGAUUUGUGUCCAUCUCCAUCUCCGAUUCAGUCAAGAAAUUGCAGAUCGAAAUAAGAAUAGCAGAAUGGCGCCCAUCAUCAUCAUCUCCAUCUGCUUCUUCCUUCUCCUCACCUCGUCCUUUACCACCGCUUGCGAUCGUUGCGUCCACCAAUCCAAACUCUCUUCUGUUCUCCAGUCUGCAGGCGCUUGCGGCUAUGGCUCCAUGGCUGUAACUUUCAACGGCGGCCAUAUUGCUGCCGCCGGUGUCAAAAUUUACAAAGACGGAGCCCGUUGCGGUGCUUGUUAUCAGAUACGAUGCAAGAACCCAAAUUUUUGUACCAACCAUGGGACCAUCGUCAUGGUAACUGAUCUUGUCACCAGUAAUAAUGAAACAGAUUUUGUGGUCAGCAGUGGAACUUUACGCGCUAUGGCUAACAUGGGCAAUGAUAAAAAAAACAUCAUUGAACUUGUAAACAAUAAUCUUGAUGUCGAAUAUAAAAGGGUGGCAUGUGAGCAUGGAACUAAUAACUUGGCAAUCCGGGUUGAAGAGUCAAGCCAAAAACCAAGUCAUCUAGCAGUCACGUUCUUGAACCAAGGUGGCCAAACCGAAAUCGUUGCCGUCGAUGUCGCUCCGGUUGGGUUUCCCAAUUGGAGUUUUAUGAGGCGGAGUAACCGGGGAGGAGCUAUUUGGGAGACAAGCGCAGCUCCAAGCGGCCCGCUGCAGUUCCGGUUGGUGGUCACGGCAGGGUUUGACGGCAAAUGGUAUUGGGCAAGUAACGCUUUGCCGGCGGAUUGGGAAACUGGUAUCAUAUAUGAUUCGGGAAUACAAAUCACCGACAUUGCCCAGGAAACCGAUUGCUUUCCCUGUGAUGAUGGCACCUGGUGACACAUUAUUGCACCUUUUAACUUAUUGUAACAUAAUUGUACUAAUUAAAUUAUAAAUCAAUUGUACCCGAGUAUUUUACAAGAAAUAUAACAUGCAAUAUUGUCAUCAUAAUUG